AUGGCAGAGCUGGUGUACGGCAUCGACAUCAAGUACACUUGGAUCGUCUUGAUCAACCCUGUAGAAAAAAUUUCGGAGAAAAUGCUCUUUCUGGAUCGCCGCGUGGGAGUAGAAGUGUACUUCGUAGACGGUUGGACAGACAUGUUGUUAAGGCCGUAGUAAAUGCAUCUUCGACUUCAUCUAUCAUAUAUCAUCAUACCGCAGGAAAUAUCAUAUCAUCCGCCCGCCGACGGCCCAGUAUGGUCGUAGUUUGGGAUGCAGUAUGAUGAUGAAUCAUCCUUGAAAUGACGUAUGGGCGGGGAGUAUCCCAGUGCGAUACUCUGGCAUACUUGAAUCAAGGAUGCAGCUGGAAGAUGAAAUAUGGAGAGCGUUAAUGUUGCACGCGCGACUACAACAGAUCGUGCAAACAAGACACGAACACCUGCUCAGCAUGGGCUACAAGUACAACUUCUAAGUAGCUUAGUUGAUAGUUGAAGAUAUUUUUGUAGAGAAAAUUAAAAAUUCUUGUGUCGACGAACUUCACCUGUGAGGACAUCAACUUCUACUCGAUUUGUGAUUUGUUCUAGUAGUAAUUUUCCUUCACUCCCAAUAGAAAAAGAACUUCAUCAUGAUCACAGGUACGACCGUCCCGACAUCGAGCCUAUGUAUCCGCCAGUCCAAACGCUUGGUGAGCUUGCUGCCCAAGGCGUUUCGACACUGCCUAUCAAGAAACCUUUCCCCGCUUACGAUGUGCGCCAGUCUGAUCAGGUCAAAUUUCAGACUUUUUCGUUAGAAAUGCCUGUUGAAGGUGGACUAGGAUCGAUUCUCCACAAAAGUCCUGGGAUCGAUUCUCCAGAAAAGUCGAUUGUAAAUCUCUCCGACGCUUUCAAGAUCGAUUUCACUGACGGCGCAAUCUUAGAGGUCAACGAUGCUUGCAGAGCUUUAUUUCGCAACGGGUGCUUGGCGAUCAAGAAGUACGACCGCAUCGAAACUCUGACUUUGACCGUGGAUGCUGAUGAG